GCUAGAUCUCAAUCUCCCAUGGCUCCCUUUUCAUUACCCUUCUUCCUCUUCACCUUCACCGCUCUUUUCAGUUUCACUCUCUCUCGCACCACCCUAGUCUCACACUCCACCGCUACUCUCGACGUCGCCGCUUCUCUCUCCCAGGCACAUGACGUCAUCUCCUUCGACCCGCAGACCAUCAAGCCCUUGGACCAGGCCCAAGAAGAAGCCCAGCUCCUCAACUCAUCCGCGGCUUCUUCGCCGCUCAUCACUCUCCCGCUCCACCCCCGUGAAUCUCUCUACACCUCCAACCACAAGGACUACAAGUCGUUGGUCCUCACUCGACUCGGCCGCGACUCGGCCCGAGUCAACUCGCUCAACACGAAGCUCCAGCUGGCUUUGCAGGGAGUGAACCGGGCGGAUCUGGAGCCCAUGCAGACGGAGAUCCGACCCGAGGGCUUGUCCACUCCCGUAAGUUCCGGGAUCAGCUUGGGAAGCGGCGAGUACUUCACACGCGUCGGCGUCGGCAGCCCGGCGAAGCAGUUCUACAUGGUGUUGGAUACUGGCAGUGACGUCAACUGGCUCCAAUGCCAGCCUUGCUCCGACUGUUACCAACAGUCCGACCCGAUUUUCAACCCGACCGGAUCCUCCACCUUCCGCCAGCUCACUUGUGACGCGCCGCAAUGCCCGGCUUUACGAGUCUCCGCCUGCCGCAACAACAAGUGUUUAUACCAGGUCGCCUACGGCGACGGCUCCUACACCGUCGGCGACUUCGUCACCGAAACGGUGUCGUUCGGAAACUCCGGCGCGAUCAAGGACAUCGCGUUGGGAUGUGGCCACGAUAAUGAGGGCUUGUUCGUCGGGGCCGCCGGGCUUCUCGGACUCGGCGGCGGUAGGCUCUCGCUUCCUUCGCAAGUUAAGGCUUCGACGAUUUCGUACUGCCUCGUCGACCGCGACUCCAGCUCGUCGUCCACGCUCGAGUUCAACUCCGCCGCGCCCGGCGACUCCGUCAUUGCGCCGCUGCUGAAAAGCCGGAAAGUCGACACGUUUUACUACGUCGGGCUCACCGGCCUCAGCGUCGGCGGCCGCCCGGUGUCGAUUCCGCCCUCCCUUUUCCAGAUGGACGAGUCCGGCAACGGCGGGAUCAUCGUCGACUCCGGCACCGCCAUCACUCGGCUUCAGACGGCGGCGUACGACGCGCUACGCGACCAGUUCAAGAGGCUCACUCCCGACUUGCCCGCCGCGGGUAACUUCGCGCUGUUCGACACGUGUUACGAUCUCUCGGGAAGAACGAGCGUGCGGGUCCCAACGGUGUCGUUUUUGUUUGCUGGUGGGAAAAGCUUGGCACUCCCCGCCAAGAACUACUUGAUUCCGGUGGACAACUCCGGCACUUUCUGCUUCGCCUUCGCUCCGACGUCGUCGUCUCUGUCCAUCAUCGGAAACGUCCAGCAGCAAGGGACACGUGUCAGCUACGACUUGGCAAACAACCGAGUCGGGUUCUCUCCAAAUAAGUGUUAAGUUAAUCUCUGUUGUAGUUAAAAGUAAAAACAUAAAUGAGAGUAGGAUUGGAGUUUGGUUUAGGUCAAAUCUUAUCAGGGUUUGGUUUCGUAAUAUGUACCUAUUUAUUCCUCAUAAAUCUAAAUGAAGAAGGUGCAUGCUACAAACGUACAAAGUGUUAACUUGUGUAUCAAGGUGCAUCCUACAUACUUACCCUAUGCUUUUGGUGGAAUUUUAAUGUCAGUAUUGAUGUUAAUGUAUGAUUGUUGUACGUUGAUGUAUAAUGUAGGUGAGUGGUUAUGAUUUACGAGCUUAUAUAAAGCAGUCGGAUCACUAAAUUUGUUUU